CAUAGUACACGUGUGUGUCCUUGUGUAUUAUUGUUGUUGUGUAUUUAUUGUUGUACUAAUGCCCCUCCUCAGGUUCCUGCAGAGCGGCUCUCAAGCUGUUGACGCCGUAACUUGGCACCAUUACUACGUCAACGGCAGAGACACAGCAGUGGAAGACUUUCUGGAUCCUCAAGUCCUGGACUCUCUGAUCCAGAAGACCAAAGACGUGCUGCAGGAGGUGCAAAUGGUGUCUCCUGAGAAGCCGGUCUGGCUUGGGGAGACCAGCUCGGCUUUCGGAGGAGGAGCCGCCGGACUGUCAGACACCUUCGUAGCAGGAUUCAUGUGAGUUAUUCUCUAUGUGAGUUAUUCUCUAUGCGAGUUAUUCUCUAUGCGAGUUAUUCUCUAUGUGAGUUAUUCUCUAUGCGAGUUAUUCUCUAUGCCAGUUAUUCUCUAUCUAUGCGAGUUAUUCUCUAUGCAAGUUAUUCUCUAUCUAUGCGAGUUAUUCUCUA